GUUAUGGACCAUAUUUUAAUCAGCCUUAUAUUCCUAAAAUUUUGUACAGUGCUGAAAUAUAAUAAAUCCUAAUGCCUGUUUGUUGAAAGAAUAAACAACUUAUAGAGAGAUUUCAUAAAGUCACUAGUUGCCAUUACAUUUACAGGUAAAUUUGUCCUGACGUCUAAAAUAAGGAUACACAGAAGAACGUAUGGAACAAUGUGACUGAGUUUGUCCUUUUGGGGCUCACUCAGAGUCUCCAGGGUCAGAAGGUAUUAUUUGUUGUGUUCUUGCUCAUCUACAUUGUGACAAUGGUGGGCAACCUCCUCAUUAUCAUGACUGUGGUGGUCAGUCCAACACUGGAUGCUCCUAUGUACUUCUUUCUUGGCUACUUAUCGUUUAUGGAUGUUGUUUAUUCUACUACAGUUACCCCAAAUAUGAUUAUAGACUUACUCUAUGAGAAGAAAACCAUUUCUUUCCAAGAUUGCCUGACCCAGCUUUUUGCAGAACACUUAUUUGGUGGUUCUGAGAUUUUACUUCUGGUGGUCAUGGCCUAUGAUCACCACGUGGCUAUCUGCAAACCCCUGCAUUAUAUGAUGAUCAUGAACCAAAGGGUGCGUGUUUUGCUGCUGCUGGUGACCUGGGUUGGAGGUUUUGUGCAUGGUAUAGCUCACCUUCUCUUUGUUUACAAUCUUCCCUUCUGUGGUCCCAAUGUUAUUGACUACUUUUGCUGUGACAUGUAUCCAUUAUUAAAGCUUGCCUGCACUGACACCUAUGUCAUUGGUCUCACUGUGAUUGUCAAUGAUGGGGUAAUAUGUGUGGUCAUCUUUAUGCUGUUACUCAUCUCCUACGGAGUCAUUAUGCACUCCCUGAAGAAUCUUAGUCAGAAAGGGAGGCACAAAGCUUUACCCACCUGUGGCUCCCACAUCACUGUGGUGGUCCUCUUCUUUGUCCCUUGUAUUUUUCUGUAUGUGAAACCUCCUUCCACCUUACCCAUUGAUAAAUUCUUGAAGGUGUUUUGCACUGUUUUCACACCUAUGUUUAAUCCCUUAAUCUAUACUUUGAGAAAUUCAGAGAUGAAAAAUGCCAUGAAGAAGCUUUGGACAAGAAAAAGAAAAUGAGGCAACAGGCAAAUGCAUCACCUACUUUGAAUAAAGGUUUUCCCUUCCAGGAAAACAAAAGAUAAAACUGAAAUCCACUGCCAUCCAGUCAAUUCCAAGGAAGCUGUGUGUAAUUAUUUAAUUGUAGUAAAUAUUUCCUCAAGUCAUCAUGAUUGUGCAUGAUGGAAAACAUUUAUUAGGAUACCUCCAAUGAUUAAUUUUGUUGAAAAUAAAUUUUUAAGAUUUUUAUUUCCUGAGAAAAUAUACAUACUUUUUUUAUGUAGAAUAGUUCUGCUGAGUCUAUGGAUUUACAUUCUGUGUGAUGAUUUAUGCUACAUCUAAUGCCAGAAAGCUAUUUUAGUUGAUGGAAGGUUCUGCAAUGUCUUUUAAAUAAAUCUAAUCCUUUUUUCACAAUUAGUAGUGCUCAUUGUCAAUUUCAGAAUAAUACAUUUUGAAAUAUAACAUAAAAAUUGUUCCUUCCAUCCCAAACAGAGAUAGAAUAUAUUACUUAGAAAUUUAUGUAUUUAUUUUUAAAUAUGUUUUAAAUAUAGUGCUCCCCUGUCACUCAGGUCAACUCUUUAGAUCUGUGUUUGAUGGUCAGAGUUCAUAGAUUGUCAUGAAUGUGAUCGAUUCACUUGUUUUUCCGAAUCUUUGUUGGCAGAGGGAUCCGAGGUAUUUUCUACCUACUCAGCCAUCUUGGCCCCGCCUCCCACCUCAUAGUAUUUUUGAGGAAUGCUUGGUGGAUUCAAACUGCCAAUCUUUUGGUUAGCAACCAUAGCUCUUAACUGUUAUGCCACAGCAGCACUAGGUAAUUAAGACACACAACAAGUAUUAAAUGUUUUUGGAACAGAUUGUUUUAUGUAAUGAAUGCCUUUCUGAUUGUCAGUAAAAUAGACUACACAUUCUUGUUGACUUAGGUGAUAAAUCACAGGUGCCUUCUCUGUUUACAAUUGUUCUAUAGUAGUUUGGUGCAAUGGUUAAGUGCUUGUGUUCAUUUCUUUCUUUUAUACCUCAAAAGAGAUUGGCUUAAAACAACUUAAUCUUGUAGAUUGAGUCUUGCCUCAUUAACAUAACUGCCACUAAUCCCGCUUCAUUAACAUCAUAGAGAUAGGAUUUACAACACAUAGGUAAAUCACAUCAGAUGACAAAAUUGUGGUAGGUCACACAGUACUGGACGUCCUGGUUUAGCCAAGUUGGCAAAAUUUUUGGGGGAAAAAAUUCAAUUCAUUACAGUAAUUGGGACAAUUAUAUAGAUCAAUUAGGCAAAUAAAACAAUAACUUUUGUUUGAAUUACGUGUAAAAAGUGAGACUAUUGGCUAUUCCAUGUAGGGAAAAGACAAACAGGUUGAGACUCAGGAAACCUGAAUUCUUGUCCUUAAUCUACCACCAUAUGAAUGUGCAAUUUUGUAAAUGUCUGUUUCUUUUCUUAAUCUCAGUUAUCCUCAUUUGCAAAAUGAAAAGAAUCUACCUACUGAUCCAGCCACCCACCCACUCACCCGCCCGCACGCCCGUCCAUCCGUCCGUCCGUCCAUCCAUCCAUCAUCUAUCAUCUAUCUACUUAUUUAUUUAUAGAUCACAUUCUGCCCUCCAUGUGCUUAGA